AUGUCGCAACCCGUCGAAGAAAGCGCACAAACAAGCCUCGAGCGUAACAAGAGCGAGAGCGAACACCAGUCCGCCGAUCCCCCUUCGGAGACACAGAACGGGACAGCCACCAACCUUCCCGUGCCUCGCCUGAACCCUCGAAGCUGUGUCACAUGUCGUCGCAGGAAAGUGAGGUGCAAUAAAGAAAACCCGUGCGCAAACUGCGUAAGAGCUGGGAUCGAGUGUGUGUUCCCGGGGCCUGGCAGAGCACCGAGAAAGUCUAGGAAGCCGCCCGAUGCAGAGUUGUUGGCUCGCUUGCGCAGGCUGGAAGGCGUGGUCCACAGUCUAGGUGCCCAGGUCGAUGAGAAUGGAGUUAUCUCACCCACCCUUACGGGGUCUGCAGACAUUCGAGCGCGAUUCGGAGACGCGCAAGCAGGCGACUCACCGUCAUCUGACCGUUCGGAUGCAAAGAGACAGUCCAUCGACAAGAAAUUGGGGCGGCUGGUUAUCAGCGAGGAUCGCAGUCGCUACGUGAGUAAUGCAUUUUGGACGGGCAUGAGUGACGAGAUUGCGGAAAUGCGAGAUCUGCUAGACCCAUCGACUACCGACGACGAGGACGCACUCCACUCGCCAGAGACUGACCGGCAAAUGAACCACCAUGCAUUCCUCUUUGGCUAUUCCUCGACCAUGCAUGAUUUGAGGGAGCUACAUCCCAGUCCGAGCCAGAUCUUUAUUUUGUGGGAAGUGUUCAAGGAGAAUGUCGACCCGAUCGUCCGAAUCUUACACCGCCCGACCGCCAAAACAAUCCUGAUCAAUGCGGCGAGCAGCCUUGAUCGAGUUUCGAAACCAGCAGAAGCUUUGCUCUUCUCCAUAUAUUUUGGUGCUGUAGUCAGUUUGACACCGGAGCAGUGCCAGCAGCUGUUGGUCGAAGACAAACAAUCUCUCCUGAAGAAGUACAGGUUCGCAACCGAGCAAGCUUUGGCUCGCGCGGAUUUCCUGAACAGCUCGAGUCUGAUGUGUUUGCAGGCGUUGGCAUUUUUCCUAAUCUCCGUCAGGCAUUGUGACGAUUCCAGACUAGUAUGGGCACUGGGAGGUCUCGCCCUCCAUCUGGCACAGGCGCUGGGGAUCCAUCGUGACGGAACCAAUUUCGGACUCAAUCCCUUUGAUACCGAGAUGAGACGCAGACUCUGGUGGCAGAUAUCACUCCUGGACAACCGUUCAGCAGAAGAUCAUGGUGUCGACCCGACAUUUACGGAACAGUUCUAUGACACGAAGGUCCCACUAAAUCUCAACGAUGAUGACAUAUACCCCGGGAUGAAAGAGUACCCCAAGGAAAGGAUCGGGGCCACUGAAAUGACAUUCUGCUUGAUCCGCUACGAACUCAGUGUCUUCUCCCGUCGGUUCAACUUUACCGCUCCAGUGGGGCACGGCCCUUUCCACGACCAAGAACUGUCCUUGGAAGAGAAGGAACGGCUGAUCGAUGAGUGUCACCGCAGGCUUGAAGAGAAGUACCUUCAGCACUGCGACAUGAACAUGCCCAUAUACUGGGUUGCAGCGACGGUAGCCAGACUAAUCCUGGCGAAGAUGUGGCUGAUUGUCCAUCACCCACGUGCCUACUUUGUCAGCGGUGGAGAGCCAUCCCUGCCUCCAGAGAUCCGUGAUCGAGUAUUUAUUACCUCGGUCGAGGUGAUUGAGUUCUCACACCUACUGGAGAAGAACGAGAACACGGCGAAAUGGGGCUGGUUGUUCCGGACAUACAUGCAAUGGCAGUCGGUUGCGUUCGCAUUGUCGGAAAUAUGCACGAGACCGCCUGGUCCAGACGUUGAUCGAGCAUGGAAAGCGAUUGAAUCAGUCUAUGAUGAGCGAAUGAUGAGUUCCAAGUACCAAAAAGGAAUGUUGUGGAAACCAUUGCGACACCUCAUGGCGAAGGCCAAGGCACGGAGGGCCGCGCAACAGGGCCAGGGAAUACAGUUCCAGCAAAGCCUGGAUACGCCAUUCACGGACGUACCCAAUCCGACUCCUAUGGAGCGCUUCAUGCAGGACUAUCCAGGAAACAGAGGCACCAAUGCAACGGAUUCCUUUGGCAUGAGCAGCGAUCAACCUCACAGCCGUGGCAUGAGCCUGGAUCCGCGAGCACGAGAGUCACUUCGUGCCGACACUGGCAACAUGUCACAGGACACGUCCAGCGGUGUCGGGAUAAAUUGGACCCCAGAACACGUGCCAUUCGGCAUCAACGAGUCCUCAAUCUUCAACUUCGGCUGGUCCCCAUCGGUGGGAGACUUCACCGUUCGUGGGGACGCCUUCCAGCGAUACUUCGCAAAUAUUCAGGAAGAAUGGUUUUGA